AUGAAUGAAACUUUUCAGUUACAUUCAUGUCGUGAUUCGCAAAGAAUCUCAAAUAUCUUCAUGAUUGCUGUAGUCAUGAUUGGAUCUAUAGUUGGAAACGGCACAAUUUGCCUCUUACUUAUCAGAUUUAAAACUUUGAGAACAGUGCCCAACAUCCUCAUCGCCAACUUAGCUGCUGUUAACAUUCUCAAUGCACUGACCAACAUGCCUCUUUUCAUCUUGUGGUACAUUUGUAAAGUGCCCUUCCUUAAGGGUCGUUUAAUCUCCUGGAUACUGGUCACAUGGUAUGUAUUGUUUGUAUACCUUACCGUGUUCAACCUCACGGCACAGGCGAUGGACCGUUUUGGGGCCAUUGUGCACGGCUUACAUUACUAUGCGUGGAAAACAAAGAAAAAAGCCAAGGUAGCGGUACUUUUUGUAUGGCUUCUCGCGGCCUUAUACACAUAUGGUAUGUUUACACUUGGAUUGGAUAUUGAUUUAGGCGACGCUCCAGUGCUGGUAUACAGGAUGACCUACUUGAAAAUUUUCGGGAGACACUUCAUCAUCCCUGGAAUUUUGGUUCCAUUCUUUUUAAUGCUAAUAUUAGGAGUGGCCAUUUGUGUUAAGGUGCGUAAUCAUAGAAAGCGUUUUUCGACUUUCUUCUCCGUAAAAAUUCGAUUCGGAAACGACGUAAAGACCGCAAGGACAAUUGGUGUAACAGUGUUGGCGUAUUUCUGUAUGAAUGUGAUACCAAUGUUAUUACACAACCUAAUGAGACGCCGCGGUAGCUGGACUCACUUCCUCGCGUUCUUCCUCAUGAAACUGAACAGCAUGGUGAAUCCUAUCAUUUAUGCUUUGAAGACUCCAAGGUUCCGCAGAGCUCUGGCACUCUUACUGAAAGAACCACAUGGCCAAUCAGAACCCAAUAUGAACUCAAUAUGAACUCGACAGCUGGUUGGAACUUAGCCCCGUUCACAAGAGUCUACUGGACUACACCUAAGAAACAAUCAGUAGAGUCGUUUGUCUAACUAUUUAAUCACUUGCC